UGAGUCUAAACUCCAUCUAUGGUCUUCUCAUUAGCGCAGGUCCCAAUCAAUAAAUCAAAAAGUAUGUUCCUGUACACAGUAUGAAAAGUUUGGGUCUAGACUAAAAUAAAAUGUCCCUCAUAAAUAUACUUUGACAGAGCAUUAGUAUUGACAUUGUAUUUUAUAUUUUAUUAAACAAAUGAGAUCCUCAGUGUUUGUAUUAUCCAAAUGGGAACAGAAAAAGAGAGUCCUGUUUCACAAAGCUCCACUGUGCUCUGCUUAUGAAAGUCCAACUAGGGUUAUAGAUAAUUCAAUCCGGUCUGUAAAACUAUACAACCUGGUCAUAUAAAAGACAGGAAAUACAUACUAUUUAACAUAUCUGUGCACUGGUAUUUUGCUUCUGCUCCAUGUGUGUACAAAAGAACUAUAGACAUACUUCAAACAUUCAGAAAUAUAUAUGUCUAAACCUUUUGAAUUAAUAAUAUAAAAACUAAAAUAAACCAAUAAAAGACACUGUAGUUGCAGCAUAUCAAGGUUAUGACUUCACACUGACUACUUUAGUCACAGACUAGUCACAAAUUAGUCUAAAACCCUCCAACUCAAGUCCUAAAUUUGGGGUUUGAGUCCUAAACAAGUCAUAAUGAUGUGAGCCAUCAGUGACCUUAGAAAUAGCGGAUGACAGCAAGACCAGAAACAAACUAGACUACCAAAACAAAAACAAUAAAAGACAAAAACAACACACCAACACAUCUGAUCACUUUAAAUGAAACUUGCUUUGAACAUAAUUGAAGUACCUCAAUAUUGAACAGUACUUGAGUAAAUGUACUUAGUUACACUCUGAAUACAAUUGAUGAAAAAAGAAUAAUCCAUGUCCGUGGAUACCUCAAUAUAUCCUGUAACAUGUCUUGAAAAAUACAAAUUGAUUUUAAAAUUAAGUUUCAUCCCCACUAUCUCUGACAAACGCUGUCCUUUAUCAAAGCAAACUUAAACAACAACAGACCAGCUUGCAAAUGGUACAAAACAAAAUGAUUCAUUAUGUGUUUGAUCUAAAUGCAGGACAUUUUAACUCUCUACAGUGGUUAAGCAUUGCAAACAGGCUUCGGUAUCUUGCAUCAAUUCAUGUGUAUAAAUGCCUCAAUGGUCAAACACCAGACUAUUAUUACUUGUAGGUGUGUGAACGUGCUAGAGAUCACCAUAUAACCAACACUCUGUGAAAAUACAAAAAUAUGGUGCUUUUAGAUCUAAAUCCUUCCAGUGUAUUGUAAAGGAAAUAGAAAAAGAGGAGAGGUGAGUGAAUGCAUCUAGUGUUCAUCUAAAAAUGUUUAAUUUGUAUAACAAGUAUUUAUAUUUGCAUGUCAGCUUUUCAGUCAGAAAUGUAGCAGGAACUCAGUCGUGGGGCAGUCCAGGACCACUAUGGAAAUAACUUUCUGUUUUCAUCCUGUGUCAUGCUUCAACUUUAUGCAUAAUACUGUGUAAUACUGUGUGCUUUUUACAGUUUGUUUGUUUAUUUUGUGUGGGUUUUUUUUCCUUUUUUUUGUGCAUUAUGUUCAUGUUUUGACCUGUGUUUUUUUGUCAGUUUUUCUGGUGAAUAUAUGCAAAGUGUGUCAGCUGUUUUUAUGACAGAAUGAAACCAAACUACAUCAGAUUAUCUUAAUUUUGCGACAAAAAUCUGAAUUUUCAGUUCCCUGAAAUAUCAUUGUUAUAUUUAUGAAGUUAAUCUCUUGUACAAUAGACUGUACAUAAUUUUAUAUUGAAUUAAACACACAUUUUCAUUGACCGUAAUAUCUCUUGUUAAUUUCCAGCAAUCUCUCCAUCUUAAAUUAAUAUAAUUUCUCCUUAAAUCUCGGUUCCGCUUAUGUACAGAAUAUGAUGUAUGCAGGAUUGUGUAAAUUUCUGAGUCAAAUAUAAUUUCCCCUAGGUUGUUGUGCUGUCCACUGUGGAGCUUUUGACCAUAUCAAAUGGUCUUCAUCAACCACUCGAGCUUGCUCAGUUGCUGUGCAGAUGUUCAAACUUUCCAUGAUUAUGACUCAGGACUGAAAUGAAGCUUGACUUCUGAGCAAACUCCAUCUGCUGAUAAAGACCAUGUGAUGCCGUCAAAAAGCUCCGGAAAAAGCAAGUCAGUGGACUUUCAGUGGAGAUUGUUUUGUCAAAGUCAAGGUCGUAAUGAGUCCUUCACAAAACAAAAAACAACAAAUCAAUAAUUGUAUCUCAAAUUAACAGACCUCAUUAAAAACAAAACUGUUGGGAAAUCCUCUCAUUUAAAUACAAUUUUUAUAUUUCUGAGUCCUGCUGGAACUGUGUAGCAGUGAUAACGUGUGCAGGUGUGAUAUGUUGUCCCCCAGGGCAGUCUUGAUCCCUCUUGACAUUUUGAGAGGACGUAAAACACACCUGCUAGACUCGCUGAUAUUCCUGCAUUUAUCUCUCAUUUGAAAUUUCAGAUUUCUUCCACUGAAUAAUAAUCUCCCCUUUUUAAAUAUAAUCCUUUUUCUACCAUAGUAUACAAUAUUGAAUCUUAACCAAAAUGUUCAAAUUCAUUCCAGGAGAUUAGGUCUGCAUUGUAUUUAUUACUAGAAAUAUGGACACAGGAAAACAGCUUCAGGGCAUGACACACCACUUUUACACCAUGUAGCCUAAGUUUUGAAAGCCAAAUUAGUCCAACAUAACAGCCUUUUACACUUUGCAUAUAUACCUGCAGUGACCUCUGCCAGCUACCAAUAACAUGUCCGCUAGUCUACUAAAAACUGCCCCGUGUUCUUCAUUUCCUCAUAAAUUACUGCAGCCACAGCUCCAUCGCUGCAGUGCUGUCUUUCACCUGCACAGAGAACGAGUUCUUCGAAUAUCGGGAGGCGCUACAGUGAUGGUUUUUUGAUACAAAUCGAGGAAAACAGGAUACAGGAUGUGGACCUUUAUACUUCUUUAUACUCUGGGACUAAACAUCUGUCAGGCUACUGGAGAAGAUAAUUCAACACAAAUGUAUUAUGUCAAACUGAUAAUAGACAAAAGUGCGAUCGAUAACAUAACUGCCAUACUGACGACACCUUUUGUGCGUGACAACAACCUGAUAGUUGAAAACCUUGACUUCACAACAACCUGUAAGAGUGUCAGCGCUGGCAAAAAGUGUACAUGUUCAAAAGGCUACAGAUGGAGAGACAGAGUUUAUCAUUCUGAUGAGAAUGACUGCUCUGGUGACAAGUGUACCUUCACCCAAAACUUGAAUCCCAUGUGUAUUUCAGACAAUACAGUUAAUAUCAAUGGAUCACUUACUUUGUAUGGUAUGUCCUAUCACGACUGUCUGUCUAACAAGGAAGAUAAAGUUAUAAAUUGUACAAACAAUUUGUUACAAAAGAUGAAAGAAGUGUAUAGCACUUUGAGCGGAUUUGACAGCAUAGCAAUUGGCAAUUACAGCGUUGGAAGCAUCAUUGCAGAUUUCACAAUGACCAUUGCUGCCCCAAUCAAUACAGAUGAGCUGUCUUCAAAAUCUGAAGAACUGGAGAAAAAGCUCAAAGAUCCGAAAGAUGUGAAUGGACUGGAUGCAUCAAUUUUUUUGGAGACUAGAGGUAUUGUUAAGUUAAGCAUACCAUCUGGCCUUGUGCUUUACAACUCCAAUGCGACUAUCAGCUGCUCAACAACUGAGGACCUGGGAAAACCAAAGUGGCACCUGAAAACAGACUACACAAAUGUCAUAACAACUGGCACUGAGUCAGAGGUGAUAAUAAAUGGCAAUGAGUCCACAGUCAAGCUCAACUACACAUCAGAACGCUGGGCAGGAGAGUACACAUGUACCUACAAGAAAGGACACAUAUCUCACAAGGCCAGUGCUGUAUUGAGGGUAUCUCUUCUGCCAAACAUCCGCAUCACCACAGAUCCAUCAUUUCCACGCUGCCAAAGGAGUAAUGAUUUACGGCAUGUGACAGUCAAAUGUGAGAUACGGAAUAGCUCUGAAACAUACAAAGUGAACUGGAGUGACAAAAAUAUUAACUCAAAAAUAGAUACUUUUAUUCCUAGUCCUCCUGAAAAAAUCCUUUCUUAUGAAGCUAAAACAUUCGUUGGCUGUCAACCACCCAUACCAAAUGUAACAUGCACAUUUAAAAACAGGCUCAAUCAAACCCGAAAGGCUGAAAUAGAAAUCAUUACAAUAAAUGUAAAUGAUGCUUACUGUGAAGCUGACGGUGAGUGGGAAGAAACCAAAGCUAACUACACUGCAGUGUUGCAAUGUAAGAACGCAGCUGGACAAAAAAAAAGGAAAUGCAACGAGGAAAAUCAGAGGGGGAUAUGGGGACCAGUGGAGUCAGCGUGUGUGAACCUGGAAGUGAACGAUGUGCUGGAAAGAGCAAUUACUGCUGACGUUGGACUUGGCGAGCUAGCUGACAAUGCUGCCAUUGUGUUUUCCCGUCUUCAGAAUGUCACUAAUAGCACAGACAAAAUCAACUCAUUUGCCAAUAUGAAUGCAUCUGUUGAAGUACUCGUCAGUAUGAGUAGCAAGCUAAACCACAUACACAAUGAAUCGACAGUGAAUGAUGUUCUGGAGUCAUCCAGCAAUUUGCUGGAAGAAUCUCUUAGCAGCUCAUGGGGAACUGAUAAUACAAAAUCAGGGCAUCUCAAGACAAAUGAAGGGGAAGGCAGUUCGUCACAUGUCUCUCUGGCUGAGAGAUAUCUGAGUUCUGUUGAGCAGUUAAUUGUGGUGGCAAAUUUUACGACUGCCAGUAGAAAAAAAAAUAUAGAGGUAGAGGAAAGAAAUUGCACACAGGGGUCACAAUGUACCAACAAGGUGUUCAAUGUCAAUGUCUCUCUUCAUAGUUCAACCCCUGACAGUGUAAAAACAGCCGGGAUGAAACAACUAGAGAAGUAUUUGCCUUACAAUGAUACUGUCGAGCCUAACAGCAUUGUUGUGACAGCAACAACUAAGGGAAAACAAACAGCUGGAGUUAGGGUUACAAUUGACUUUGCGUUAAAAAAUCCAAGGGCUCCGAACACCCAGCUACUGUGUGUCUACUGGUCCAACAAUACCAGAAGCUGGUCAGAGGAUGGGUGCUGGUGGGAGGGUCCUUCUGAGGUGGGACGCUGUGUUUGCCAACAUUUGUCCUCAUUUGCUAUGCUAGUGUCAAAGACACCACUAACAAUCCCUGGGAUAACUGAGAUAACCUACGUCGGACUGUCUGUAUCGAUCGUGUCACUCAUUAUCAGCCUUGUGAUAGAAAUGAGUGUCUGGAGUGCUUUAGUUAAGACAAAUAGUUUAUAUUUACGGCACACUGCCCACAUAAACAUUUCUGUUUGUUUGCUGGUUGCAGAUUGCUGUUUUUUAGCAUCUUCUACACCAGAAAAAAUAGAUCAAAUCUGGUGUAAGACUUCUGUAGUGUUGAAGCAUUUCUGUUAUCUUUCCAUGUUCUUUUGGAUGUUGUGUCUGAGCACCACACUUCUUCAUAAAGCCGUUUUCCCUUUCCAUAAUUUGAGCAAGAGGAACUACCUGAGGUUCUCCUUAGUCCUGGGCUAUGUGUGUCCUUUGCUUAUCGUUGUUAUCACGUUUAUUGCCAAUGAUGGCGGUGCCGAAGAUUUGUACUUCUCCAAGAGGACCUGUUGGCUGGUUUAUAAAGGAUUUAUGAAAGGGUCCAUCCAUACAUUUCUCAUACCAAUUGGCAUAAUUAUUUUUGUCAACGUGUUCUCCAUGCUGGUUGUAAUCAUGAAGCUUUUGGAUCACCCUAAGAAUAUACAAAAAUCUAAUGAAAAAGAAAAAACAGCUGCCAAAACGGUCAUGAGAUCCGUUAUUCUUCUGACUCCUAUCUUUGGUGGGACAUGGAUUUUUGGAUUUGCUGUAACAAUUCUUGACCUCACAUAUGGAAACAUAGCCUUCGUGGUCAAUUACGCCUUUACCCUGCUGAACGCAUUCCAGGGUUUGUUCAUUUUGUUGACCACAUGCCUGGGGGAAAAACAAACGCGUGAAGCACUGCUGAAUCGUUUCAGAAACAAAACUCUGGCAUCCACUGCAAGCAGCUCGACAAAGUUAGACUCAACAUGGAAGAAGUGAAAACACGUGCACUCUUAAAUCACAACAAACUACAUUUUAUACACAAAACCAAUGAUAAUAGCUUAAGCUACAUUUACUCUAACGUGAUUUUUUUGUUGUUGUUUAUUUUGGUUUAUUAAUUUUGAUG